AUGUCGACGUUCAGCCGGCAGCUUCAUGAGCGGAGCGCGGAGCGCGUGCACCGCCUGCGCGGCGUGUUCGAGACGGCGGCGGCGGCAGAGCGAGACGCGUCACUCGACCCAUCGCGGCGCGCCGAGUCGCUGCAGGCGAUGGCGCCACCGUCGGACAGCGACGGCGAGCAGUACCAGCACAACUCGUACCCGCCGUACUCGCGGUCGGUGAAGCGACGCACGCGCACCUGCACGCAGGUGAUCGCGCUCGCGGGCGACGACGACGACGACGACACGAUGGUCGCCAUUAGCAAGUACAAGGGCGCGAAGAUGGCGAUGGGCGUCAACGGCCUGCGCACCAAGUGGAAGCACGAGCGGCUGUGCGCGGCGGACGGUGGGGACGCCGAGCGGACGUCGUCCGUCAUCCCGCCGUACGUGCCCGCGGGCAGCAGCAGCAGCGAGGAGCGUGCGGACCGAGUCGCGCGCUGCCUCGUCAAGAAGAACAGCCUGCCGACGGCGUGGGAGGAGGACGAGAUGGCGAUCGCGGCGGACGCGGAAGCGGCGGGCGCCGACCGCGGCGACAACGGCGGCAGCAACGACAUGGCGAACAGCGUGCCGACGAACUGGAAGUACGCGCAGCAGCAGGCCGGCCAGCCGUCGAGCCGCAAGCACAGCCUGCCGGAGUUGCUGCUGCUGCAGCACCACAUGUCCGAGGUGGGCCCCGCUGCCGCCGCGCUGGACGCCGCGCCGCACACCGCGGCAUCUCACUCGCAGUCCACCUCAGCAGCGGCGACGACGACGACGUGUUCCACGCCGAUUAAGCCGCCGCCUGCCGUCGUGGAAGCGACUGCCGCCGAAUCGACGAGCGAGGACAGGUCUGCUUCGCCGUCCGCACUCCGACCAUCGCUAGCAUCCUCUCAACCGCCGCGGUCGGACGCGCAGCCGACUGGUCAGUCCUUCAUGAAGAGCGGGAGCCGGACGGGCCUGCCGACGAAGAAAAGUCCGACGAAGAUAGCGCCGAAGCCCCCGCUGAGAACUGUGAGCGUCGAGGAGUCGGGAGCAAGCAGCAAGGAACCGAUGGACGUGCAGGAGAGGCAGAGACGCAGCUCCGGUGAGAGAGUGGGCGCGCACCACGCCCCAGCCGAAAUCCACGACAGACAGCGGCAUGGGUCUGGAGGUCAAGUGGUCAGUCGACGGACCGGUCAGUACUCCACUCCCGCCGGACAUCACAUGCCGACGUCUCCUCUGCGGAAGUCCGGUGGCGUGCGCUCUGCACUGCCGAUGAUCACCAUGACGAGUCCGCCCAGCUGCAGCGCCCCCGAGCGGCCGGCGUCCGCGAGCGACCUGAACACCGACGACCUGGCCGCGUUCGGCGAGGCGGAAGAGAACCUCAAGCUGCUGACGCCGUCCGAGGACGAGAGCGAGGGCGAGGCCGGCGUGGUGAGGAUGCACGCCAUCGCCAUGGCAACGCCGGAGCAGCUGCGCACGACGUCGACGCCGGCGUCGGUGCACAGACCGCCGACCGCCGCCAGCUCCAUCAACGAGGCGGCGAUGGACUCUCUGCUCAGUGACGAUGGAUCUGAUAUCUCAAUAGAAGAUGUGAAUGUCACACUACAGCAGGUAUGGAGGCGUGGCAGCAAGCUAGAGUGGAAGCUGCAUGACACUAGCCAGGUGAGUAGAGAGAGCUUUGGUAGGACCGCCAGCCACACAUCUCGCGAAGAGGCAGAGCUGCUCAGCUCAGACGUGGGCGCAGCGGACAAGUGGAACCUGCACCAGUUGCACGGCAAGCCCUCGCCGCCCGCCAAGUGCAUCCCGGGCUUGCCCGCCAGGGGGCAGCACGUCAGCCCGCAGAGCUCGGAGUUCUCGGUGAUCAGCAUGUCGGACGCGGCCCUGCUGGACGGCGCCGCCGACGACACGGUCGUCACGGCGACGACCUUCGAGAAGAACGAGUCGUGGGUGAACGUGUCGAGCAACGUCUCCACGGCGACGACCGGCGGCGGCGGCGACUCGCGGACAUCGUCCAGCUUCGACCACGUCGCCGAGUCCAACUCGAGCUUCGCGGACGUCAGCGGCGACGUUGCUGCCAUCAACAACAACAACUACCUGCCCGACCUGACGGCGACCUGCGCCGGCUCGGCUGCCGAUCCGACGACGGGGAAGGACGUCCGCGAUGCGGCGGGGUCACGCGAGCGGGACGAUGACGACGACGACGACGACACCGUACCCUCGCCGACGUCGCCCAACGCGGAGGCGUCGUACGAGAUCAUCAGUUCGGAGAGCUACGUCGACGAGACGAGCGACGUGAUAGCGACGACGGCAGGCGACGCGCGGCAGCGGCAGAAGCAGCGCGGCCGCGCGCUCAAGGCGCUCUCGCCCGUCAGCAGGGGCGGCAAGCUGCUGUCUCAGCUGCGGCAGGGCGAGCGACAGACGCGGCCCGUCGGCAAGGUGCUGCCCAGCUUCCACGCGACGCUGCUCAGCGAGCAUCCGGACGCCGCCUCCGCCACAAAGUGCGUCGCUGUCGAGUGCGCCGCGCAGCAGGAUCCGUGCUGCGCGCCGACCGCGCUCGUCUCGCCGCCAGGUGGCGCCGGCAUCACGCAGAGUCUGGCGCGGCCGGCGGGCGGCAGCAGAUCCGACUCGCUGCGCGCACCCGCGCUCGUCUCGGCGCGCCACGGUGGCGCCGCAUCACGCAGAGUCCUGGCGCGAGCUGCGGCCCGGGAGCGGGUCGCGGCGCGAGUCGCAGCAGGCUGCCUGCGUGCGCACAGGACAGCACGGCGGCCGCCGCGCCGCCAGCUGCCGCAGAAGGUCGCCCGGCGCGGCCAGAGUCCGCCGCCGCGGGCCGCGUCGCCGCCGGGCAGCCCCGGCCGGCGGCCGUACGGCGACCCACCGCCCGUGAGUCCCCGCUCGCGGGACGCGGCGCCGGCGAGUCCGCGACCCGAACGGCUGGCUCGCGCCGCCGAGCUCGAGCACAUGGACAUGGUGGAGAAGCGCUCGCUCCUGCCGAAGAUGAACGAGGCGCGCGCGACGACGGCGCACGGCAAGUCGCCGCUGCAGGCGCUGCAGGCGCUGCGCCGCCCGCCGGGUCAGAGGUCGCCCGAGUCGUCGGAGGCGCGCGCGUCGCCGGAGCGGACGCCGCAGCGGCGGCGCGAGACGAGCUCCGACGAGCUGCGGUCGUCGUCGUCGUCGUCCCGCAGCUCUGAGCAGUCGCCGCCGCCGCCGCACAGCCCCGUGCCACCGCCCCUCGCCGCCAGGAGGGAGGCCAGUCCGAAGCCGAAACUAGUUGCAAAGCCGGCGCAGCCGGCCGUCGCCGGCCCUCGCCCGGGGGAGCGCGCGCGUCGGGAGCGGUCGCCGGCGAGCAAGCCCGACGCCGCCGCCGCCAAGCGGCCGGAGAUUCCGAAGCCGGCAGCGAGCAAGCUGCUGCAGUCGCCGUUGGCGCGUAAGCGGGAGAACGGGCUCGCGAAGAGCAAGCUGCCGGGACUGAAGGGCAGCGGCGAGCAGGAGAGGUGCGAGGAGGAGCAGCAUCCGGGAGAUGCUCGAUCGCCGCCGACGCCGACUCCGACGCCGCCGGGUGCGAAGACUCCCGGCCCGGUGCAGAAGUCCGUCAUUAAGGUGACGAGCUUCAUGCGUAACGACGUCCCCGCCGCGAAGCAGGACAAGCGGCCGCAGGAGAAGGCGCCCUCUACGUCGAAGCUGUCCACGUUCGGCUUCCGCUCCCCGAAGGUGCAACGCAGCGAUAAGAUCACGGCGGCGGCGGCAAAAGCGCAGGCGGAGAAGGCGGCGCCGGCUUCGUCGAAGGUUAACGGACACAUGUCGAAGAUCCCUGGUAAAAAGGAGCUGAUGAGCCCAAAGUCGCCCCGAAUCCCACGCGCCGUGGUGGGUAAGCAGGCCGGAAAGACUAGCAAUGGAAGCGUGCGUGGUCGGGACACUGGCAAGCAGGGUGCUACUGAGCACGUGGCAUCCCUGGCAAUGAUUGGCAGUGAUGAAGACGGCGAUACUUGCACAGAGGGAGCUGUCAUUAACAGAGUGCCAACUGAUUGCCAAGGCAAGGAGAAAGUGAAGACCCCUUCCAGGCCACGUCGAUCUCUGCUCCGUUUCGGCCUCAAGGACUUCUUUUUCCGAUUUGGUGACAAGGAGAAAGCCGCACUUAACACUUUUGAGUUUCUCGAAACCGGUACAGAUCUACCGGUGCCAACAGAGGGCAGUUCCGAUGCACGCAGUGAGAAAGCACCCAGCGGCUGCAAUGGCGCGAACGUAGCGGAGCCGCUAUCGGACAACAGUGCCGUGGGCUCACCUGACAACCUGUCCGAUAACGAGUUCUACAUGAGCGAUACCUGUGCCGAGGAUUACCAGUCCGACUGAUCGCUUCCAGGUGGAGCCACCUGUCAUUACGAGGGCGGCUUAGCUGUGUUGCUUGUGAAUGCUAUGCAUGAAGUCAGCUUACGAGGUGGUGGGGAAAAUGGUUUUGCGCACAUGGCUUUGAAUCUCGAUGGUAUGUCUGCGGGGUAAUGUCUGAAGAAUUGUUUUCUAAUGCUGUAACAAUGAAAUGCGACUGUAUACUCACAGUUUUAAGUGGUGCAUGAAUUCAGUGCUUGGCAAGUGAAUUCAGGCUUUGGCACACGUGGUUUUAUAGACAAUUUUGGUUGGGAAAAUGGAGACAAUGUGCAUAGACAUACACUAUUCUGUAAAGACUAUUUUACGUGUUGGCUAGCUUUCAGUGUAUGCGAUUUUAGUUUCGAGCUUGUAUCAACAAAUCCUGCCAACAACUUUCCGAUGUCAAAACUUCUUGUUAUAAAUUACAUUGCCAUAUAAUUGUGUGAUGUAGAAUCAAUGUUGCAGUAUCGGAGAUAAUUGUAGCAUGCUAUUAUUCGUUCAUAGAUCGACUAGCAAUUCCAGAAUCAGUGAACUACCUCUCCCUAAGAUUGUAAAGCUGUGAAUAACAAUUGUUCUGUAGUGUAGCACUAAUUCUCGUUUCUCAUUCGCGUUUGCAUAACAAUAAUUGAUGACCAUUCCAGCGUGAGGCCCGCCCUCUGUACGCGUUGAAAUUUGGUCCUGUUAUUAGACAGUAGGUGUAGAAGCGUCCGUCGCAAGAUUUUUGCAUUGUACUAACAGUACUGCAGGUUGUUACAGUAGAUCGUCAUCAGUGGUGAGCACAGUCAUGGCUGACCAGGUGUGUGUAACUAGCAAUAAUUAUUGUACAAAACGUUAGUACUCUCACACGUUGUCUUUCUGUCCAGUGUGAGGCACGUUGCCGAGGCCAUUCGUCUUACUAUGCACUUCCCCCGUGUGUGUUCACUUCUCUACCCCACCCACGUGUAAACCGUGCCUUUCUCAACCGUCGGCUAUGGCAACAGGGUCCGCCCUUCGUUGAUUCCCGCGGUUUGCGCCAGGGUUCGGAAUCGGACAAUAUAAUGUGACGGGAGUCAGCGAAGACCUGUGCGUAUGCUCGUCACGUCCCUGCUGAGCGAUAGCCACAGCUAGCUAACACAGCUAGUCUUGCAUAUAGAAGCACCCCACCUCCAAUCGUAGGCAUAGCCAUAUGUUGUUAGAAUGGUUAGCGCACCCACCGCCCUCUAUAGAAUAUAGCCCCCACCUACUCGCCAACGUACGCGCACCCACCCUUGCUCGGCUGUUGUGCAGCCCGUUAGUGUGGUAGUUGUGUGUUGUGUGGCUUCCCACUUAGCCAUAGUGUUCCAUAACAGUUGUGUGUGACGUUGCGCCUUUCGUUCGGUGUGACCUAAAGGUCAACACUGGAUGCGGUGCCGUCGGGAUGUCCUGUGUUACCCAGAGUUCCACAUCAGAUGCUUCCAAUCCCAAUGAUCCGCAUUUAACGCACUGUCGCGAUAUUUUUCGAUCACAAUGCCCAACGGCGUUCGUUCUCCAUUAAUUAAAGCCAUAGCAAUUUUAUAAGUACAUAUAAGAGAGUCUACAAGUCAGAUUAUUGGUGAGUUGUGAUGUGAACAGAACAUUUGUAAUGAAUAUAAUAGUUUUGUAUAUAUAGAAUCUUCAGCCUAAUAACUGACACGAAUAGAAUAUUUAUUGUUGAACAGGGUGCGUAUUUUUUGUAAACUACUUAUAAACGACCAACGUCUACAUGAUGCAUACAUACAGUGCAAGUGAACUGUGCCCACGGAGAACUGGGGUCCGUAGUCAUUUGGGAGGGCUGUUGGCGGUUGGCUCAUUCGCACCCACGUGUCUCCUCGUAUUGAUGAUCUUUACGCGUGUAACUUUGUAGCGCAUCUGGCGUUGCCAGUUCGUUUUCGUUUUGGUGGUAGUUACUAGUUAUGUGAUCGAAAUACUGAUACACGUGGACUAAAUUUAAAAUCAUUGAUUACAGGAUUUUGUACAAUUUGUUUAAUAUAGACAGUGUUUGUACAUAGAGGUUUGAUGCGAAAAUUGUUUGUAAUGACAUAUAUUACCAAUUUUUGGAUUUUGUAUUAAAUUAAACCAUUUGUAUAUAGAUACAUUAA